GAGCUAGAUAGACUAAUAGUGCAGGUAAAUAUUAAUGGAGUCGAACCGCAAGCGCAGAGGGUUCAUGAAGGGGAAGCUGGCGAUGCCCUUCUACCGGGUAGCCAAGCCUUCCUCGACCGUCCAGUAUAGCAGCAAGGUUAAGCCUAGCCAGACUUCUCCUUUGGCUCCUUCCGUGGGGUUCGUGGUCGACCAAGAAUAUGUGAUUCCCCAGCCAAAGCAGAAGGUUGCCUUUAUCAUACCAGCAGAGAAUGGCCGUGACUCUCUGUUCGGCACCUAUGGUGCAGGCGGCGAUGAAGGUGUGGAUGCCAAGGCUGCAAACUACAUCUCCGUGGUUCAAGAACGUUUCAAGCUUGAUCGAGUAAACUCAAAGAAGUCCUAAGACACGCAGAAGAAGAACAAGUUCCAUGAGCAGUCUGAUCAGUAGCCCUCUCUGAAUAAAUUAUAAUUAAUCAUCCAAAAGAUACGUUAAUUUGUCUAGAGAAUUAAGGUUCCUUAAUUUUUGUUUCGUGUAUCUCUAGGCUUAGUUCUUGUUAAUUUAGUACUGCCUUCAUGUAAUUAUCCUUGUGAUAAAUAAGAAAAUUUUCUUAAUCAUUCA